UUGCUCCGGUUAAAAAUGUUUCGAGAGGAUCAUGGGUCAUGGAUGACAAUGUUCUUCAGCACAAUUCUGUUUCUCUUCAUAUUUUCUCACAUAUACAACACGAUUCUUCUAAUGGAUGGGAACAUGGGAGCAUAUAUCAUUACAGACUAUAUGGGCAUCCGAAAUGAAAGUUUCAUGAAAUUAGCUGCGGUAGGGACCUGGAUGGGGGACUUUGUCACAGCCUGGAUGGUCACUGAUAUGAUGCUUCAGGACAAACCUUAUCCUGAUUGGGGAAAAUCCGCAAGAGCUUUCUGGAAGAAAGGAAAUGUUAGGAUCAUUUUAUUCUGGACAGUUCUCUUUACUCUGACUUCCGUGGUUGUACUUGUCAUUACAACUGACUGGAUCAGCUGGGACAAGCUGAAUCGGGGUUUUUUGCCCAGUGAUGAAGUUUCCAGAGCAUUCCUGGCUUCUUUUAUCUUGGUCUUUGACCUCCUUAUUGUAAUGCAGGACUGGGAAUUCCCACAUUUUAUGGGAAAUGUUGAUGUAAAUCUUCCUGGGUUGCACACUCCUCACAUGCAGUUCAAGAUUCCUUUCUUCCAAAAGAUCUUCAAGGAGGAAUAUCGUAUUCACAUAACAGGUAAAUGGUUUAACUAUGGAAUUAUCUUUCUCGUCUUAAUUUUGGAUCUUAAUAUGUGGAAGAACCAAAUAUUUUAUAAGCCUCAUGAAUACGGACAGUACAUUGGCCCAGGGCAGAAGAUAUACACAGUGAAAGACUCAGAAAGUUUAAAGGAUUUGAACAGAACCAAACUUUCCUGGGAAUGGAGGUCCAAUCACACUAACCCUCAGACUAACAAAACCUAUGUUGAAGGAGAUAUGUUCUUACACAGCAGGUUCAUAGGGGCUAGCCUUGAUGUCAAGUGUCUGGCUUUUGUUCCAAGUUUAAUAGCUUUUGUGUGGUUUGGAUUCUUCAUUUGGUUCUUUGGACGGUUUUUGAAAAAUGAGCAAGGCAUGGAGAAUCAAGACAAAACUUACACUCGCAUGAAAAGAAAAUCACCGUCAGAACAUAGCAAGGACAUGGGAAUCACUCGAGAAAACACACAGGCCUCAGUGGAAGACCCACUGAGCGAUCCUCCCUUGGUCUGCAUCAGGUCCGACUUCAAUGAGAUUGUCUAUAAGUCUUCCCACCUCACAUCAGAAAACUUGAGCUCGCACUUGAACGAAUCUACCAGCACGACAGAAGCUGAUCCAGACCCAACGACUUCUAAAAGUACGCCUACGAACUAGAUUCCCUUAAUUGGAGAUAGCGCAAAAAGCAAACUUGAGUGUAACUUUAAAAAGGUUAGUCUUUCCUUUUGUAAAUGUAAGGUUUACGUAGUGUUAGGUAGAGAAACACAAACAAUGCCACAACGGUGCUCAACAUGCUUUUUCUAGGACUCAUUGUUUUCUAUUUGUAUUAUAAUACACGUGCCUACUGUAUAUCUAACGUCCUCUAGAGAUUGCUUUUCACAAUUGCACAAGCUAUUUACUGACUUUACAGCAUAGUAGACGAUUAGCUGAUUACCCGUGUAUCUGAUGUUCAACCAUAGUGGUGCCUUGAGACAUUAAACUGUUUUUAACUGUACCAGAACUGAAGUGUGGAACAGUCCUCGAACCUACUUCACAUGGGUUUUUUUGUAUACAGUUAUUUUGAUCUACAUUUGAUGUCUUAGCAGGAAACAGAUAUAGCCGUGAUGUGGCUUAGGAAGUAUCUCUUGUUUCCUAUUCAGCAGUGGAGUUGGUGACUUUGACAGCAGGAUUGCACAGAGGCCUGGUGAUAACCUUUGAAUUUGUUUUGGCUAUCUGCCAAAUACAAAUACAGAUUCAAAAUUCAGUAUGAGGAGAAUGAUAAUCCAGCAUGGGUCACUACUUGUGAAAUGUGGCUUUCUCCAACCAGUAAUUGCAAUUAGAUGAUAAUACCUAAUUAUGUUUUCCUAAUUAAAGAUAAAUUGCUACUUGAUUAAAUAUCCUGCCCUUCACCUAUGGGAACAAAGGUUAAGAGGCGCAGUUGGGUGAACUCUCAAAUUUAUUGGCAUUUACACAAAGCGCUAGAAAACCAAGGAACUGAAGUUUUAAUCACGUGAGAGUUGUACAGCCUACUAUCUGCAAUAUUUGUACAUCUUUCUGUAAAUAUGGCUCUGGACAAUGAAAAUUGAAAAACAUAUGCCAACCCUGAAUAAGGGAACUCCUCUAAAAAUCAUGCAGCAGAACCUUGUGAGGUAGAAAAAGAUGUGCAUGAAAGAAUCUAUUCAAGUAGCUUGUUUUGUGUGUGCAUUUUUUUUUGUUUUUUGUUUUGUUUUUUUAAGAAUUAAACAUCAUACAUUAAUAAAUAUAAAUUAUA